UGUCAAUUAGAGUAGUGCUUAGUAUAACGCUCUACAGUGCCAGCGAUCCUGAUCCGGGUUCAAUUCCUGCCACUGUCUGUAAGGAGUUUGCACUUUUCCCCUGUGACCACCCAGGUUUCCUCUCGGCACUCCGGUUCCCACCCACAUUCCAGGGAUGUACAGAGCUCUGCGCCGCCUUCGGAGACGGAUCAUGAGGCUAUUGGGCUACCUCAGCAGACUCCAUCCCUUCGGCACCACUGUAAGACCGACCGCCAUGCCCCAGGCCACUGACUCUGAGAAUGUCUACCGGCUGCAGGGGACCUACCCUUACUUCCUGCCCAUCCAAACCCGCUGGCAAGACAACGAUCAAUACGGCCACGUUAACAACAUAGUAUAUCACGAGUACUUCGACACGCUAAUCAACUAUUAUCUUAUCAGGUAUUGUGGAUUAAAUGCCAACCGCCAGACCUCAUCGAUGGUGGGCUUUAUCGUCAGCUGCCAAUGCACGUACCAUGCAGCUGUGAUGUUUCCUCAGAACCCACUGGCAGCCUUAGGGGUGGAGAGGAUUGGCCGUUCCAGCGUCUGUUGCCGGCUGGCCCUCUUCAAGCCCCGGCAGGGGCGAGCGCCUCUUCCCUUGGAGUACGACCUGUUUUCCGAUGGCUGCCAUUCCAGCAGUCCCCUGCUGGGGGCGUUUGAGACCUCUGCCUGCACCACGGGAGUCUCUACCCUUGUCUUCGUGGACCCGGCCAAUGAGAAGCCCAAGGAGCUGCCCGAGUGGCUCAGGAAACACCUUGAGAAGAUUGUGGUAAAGCCAGGGGCUUCCAGCUAAUUGUCCGAGAAUCAAAAAAAAUAUGAGUGGGAUUGCCUUCUCUUCAAUGGUAAAUCCGUACAUAAUAUGCUGGAGGAACUCAACGUGCUUUUUCUGUUCCCCAUUCUGGCUCCCCUCUUAUUCUAUUUUUUCUCCUCGCCUGCUUAUCACCACCCUCUCCUCCAGCCCUUCCUCCUAUGGUCAAUUCUCCUAUCAGAUUCCUUCUUCUUCACUCCUUGACCUCUUCCACCUAUCACCUCUCAACUUCUUACUUCAACCCCUCCCUCACCCACUCACCUUCCCCAUCACUUAAUCUCACCUAUCACCUGCCAACUUGUACUCCUUCCCCUCCCCCACCUUCCUAUUCUGGCUUCUUCCCCUUUCCUUUCCAUUCCUGAGGGAAGGAUCUCGGCCUGAGCCAUCUACUUUAUUUCUCUUUGUAGAUGCUACCUGAUCUGCUGAGUUCCUCCACCAUUGUGUGUGCUGCUCUGGAUCUCCAGCGUCUGUCAUCAAAGAUAAAUUUCUGCGAGGAACCGACAUUUUGUAGGGAAAAAUCAUUCCCAAUUUUCUUCCCUCUGAUUUCCAUCCCGCAACGUUCAGAAUUUUCCAACAUGUGCUGUUCAGAGUAAGAAUCCCUGAUCGAAGAGUUGCAGAAUUUACCCAGAAGAGUGAAGCAGGCGAUGGCAUCUCAGUGAAUGAGUAGCUUCUAGAAUGAGAACAAGUGUAGAAAUUAACCGUCCUAUCUUUGGCUUAACAGAGCACUGAUUGGCAUGACAAUCCUGGAAUGAAGACGAUCCAUUUCCUUCCCUCAAGUGUUCUACAGAAGUCCUGAACCUAGAGGACUGUUCAGCAGAAAAGGGUCUUGGCCCAAAAAAUCGACUGUACUUUUUUUUCCAUAGAUGCUGCCUGACCUGAGAUCCUCCAGCAUUUUGUGUGUGUUCCCUCUGCACUCUUUCCAGUUUCAUGACACCUUUCCUCUGCCAGGUGUCCAAAACUGGGCAUAACACACCAAGUGCGGCCUCGUCAAUGUCUUACUCAACUGCAACAUAACAUCCCAACCUCUAUGCUCAGUGAGCUGACUGAUGAAGGCCAGUGUGCUGAUCGCCUUGUCUUACUUUUGCUGGGUUCCAGAGAUCACAGAGCACUGCACAGAAUUCCACAGUACAGUAUCAGCUCUUCAGGCCCAUGAAAGACUUCUGCUCCAUAUGGGCCUCUUCCCCUAAUAUUUCCAUCCUGGAGCUGGAGGACUGUUCAUGUGGGUGGGUGGGAGAGAGGAAAGGGGCUUGCCCUAUUAUUGUUUUGUUGCUUAUUUUGUUCUACCUUGUUUUCUGUGUGCAUUGAGGGUUUGCUAAAUUGGCACUGCAAUGUAUUCCACAGAUUCAACACCCAAUAAUGUUUCCUUUACUCCCCUGAAACUCUCCAGUGUCCUGGGAACUCGUCACAGCUCCUGGUUCCCAUCCCUGAAACUCACAGGGAUUCCCUGUCCCUUCCUUGAAACUCACUGAGGGCCCCAUCCCUUCCCUGAAACUCACAGGGGGGACCUGAAAAUCACUGAGGGUCCCCGUCCGUCCCUGAAACUCUUUGGGGUUCCCUGUCUCUUCCCUGAAAAUCACUGGGGGUCCCUGUCCCAUUCCUGAAACUGAUUGGGGUUCCCUGUCCCUUUCUUGAAAUUCACCAGUGGUUGGGGGGGGUGCCUCUGUUCUUUCCUGAAAUUCACUGGUGGGGGGGGUGUCAUUGUCCCAUUCCUGAAACUCACUGGGGGUUCUUGCCCUGACCCUGCAACUCACUGGAACUCUGUCACCUUGAAACUCACCAGGUCUGCCGUUCCUGUCCCAGAAUCUCAGAGAGGGCCAGUUCCUGUACCUGAAACUCAUUGUUCCCAUCUUAAAACUCACCAGGACCCCUCUUCCCACACUCUCCUGAAACUCACUGAAGUCCAGUUUCACAUAUACCCAUUCAACUUACCAUUUCACUGGAAAAUGUCCCAUUUUACAGAGUAACAUCUCCUGGGACAUCAAUAACAUCCAAUAGAUACAGUACCUGCCAGUCCAGGAGUACCAAAGUCCCAAUGGUUGGAGUCUUACUAAUUAAAGAUUCAUCAAAACUUUCUGGUCCUGGGCCAUCUUAUCAUUGUUCUUUGUGUAUAUGAAAACAGGAGCAAACCUCCUUAUGUCAAGAGUGUGUCUUCUUGUUUAAGCAGAAUCUAGGCUUGUAGAAUAGAAAUGAAAUUGCAUUAACCUUCAUUUCCUAAAUAAUGAGAUACUUCUCUCACAUUUUCAGUGAUGAUAUUUGGAGCAUGUUUCAUUUUGACUUUCAAACUGAACAAUGCUUCAUUUCAUCUGCUACCACAGAUACUUAUCACCAAAACUAAACAAUGUUGUCAAGUGUUAACAUGUUGUUAUUUUGUAUUUCUCUUAGAUACACCAAUAAACUGGAAAGUUUCUAACAAUGAGGUUUCAGUUACCAGUAUGUUUCUCCUUGCAUUGUGAGCAUGGGUCAGCAGGGGUUCCAUGCCAUGGACCCCUAUCAUUAACUGAGGUGUUUGUGGACCCCAGGUUGGGUACCCUUGGGUUAGAGUAUCAUGAAGGUUUUCUGACUUCCCCAUGCAACAGAACAAGUGUAAUAAAUUAUUUUAAAAAUCUGUAAAUCUUUUGGGGUCACCUAUUGCGUCUGGUGCUCGUGAUGCGGCCUCCUCUACGUUGGUAAGAUUCGUUGUAAACUGGGGUAAUGC